AGAAAAGUCCACUCGGUGCAAAGGGACACAAGGAACGCGCCGGCAUACAGGGUGAGCGCGCAGGUCGCAUGCCUCCACACUCAAUGGAGUCGGGAACGCCCGUUCCGUCACCUUCUACUUCCUAAACGUACCGGCCAAGGGCGAGGGUAAUCUCGGAGGUCCCCCAGAUUUCGCAGACUUCGGGACUAUAUAAGGUCGUCGUCCCCUGUCUCCUUCGACAGCUCCUCAGCCAUGCGUUCUGCUAUGCUCUCGUUCUGCUACUGCGCUCUUCUCCUUGCCAGGCUGACCUCGUCUGCUCCAGCGGCAAGCGGCAGUGGCUCCGAAGCUGCGUCGUCUACGGCGGUGACUACUGCGACCGCAUCGUCCGCCGCUGUGACGACCUCGUCGACGACGAGCCUGCAGACGCUCCCGAGCAGCUUUCCGCCGGAGACGGCGACGGUCGCGCCCGUUUCGUCGGACCCUAACGAAGUCAUCACCGGCGACGAGCCCAUUCGUGGCCAUCUUGGAGCCGACAUUCAAGGGCCUGUCAAUGAGGAGAUCGACCUCCAGAACCCCGACCUACUUGCUCCUCCAAGCACGGACCACGGCAGCUUUGACAACGCAAAGUGGCCGUUCUCGCUGUCGCACAACCGCCUCCAGACUGGCGGCUGGGCUCGUCAGCAGAAUAUUGGUGACAUGCCCCUCGCGACCGAAAUGGCGGGUGUCAACAUGAGGCUACUUCCUGGUGCCGUCAGGGAGCUUCACUGGCAUAAGACCGCUGAAUGGGCAUAUGUCCUCAAGGGCACGACGCAGGUUUCUUCCGUCGAUCAGGACGGUCGCAACUACCUUGCGAGCGUCAAGGCGGGUGACCUGUGGUAUUUCCCGCCUGGUAUCCCGCACAGCCUGCAGGCUACCGGCGACGACCCCGACGGCUCCGAGUUCCUUCUCAUCUUCGACGAUGGGGAUUUCUCCGAAGACAGCACCUUCUUGCUGACUGACUGGCUCGCGCACACGCCUAUGGAGGUCAUCCAGCGCAACUUCCAGGCACUCGGCAAGGAUGACUUCUUCUCCCUGCCCUCUCAGGAGCUCUACAUCUUCCCCGCCGGCUACGUCCCCAAGGACAGCGACACCGCUCCCGAGAGCCCGCAAGGAACGGUCCCCCUGCCCUUCAGCUUCGCGCUCUCGGAGAUGGAGCCCACGAAGCUGAACGGUGGCUCGGUCAAGAUCGUCGACUCGACGGUCUUCAACAUCUCCAAGACGAUCGCCGUCGCCGAGGUCACCGUUCAGCCGGGCGCGAUCCGCGAGAUGCACUGGCACCCGACGCAGGACGAGUGGACGUUCUUCCUCGAGGGCGAGGCGCGCGUGACGAUCUUCGCCGCGCAGUCCAAUGCGCGCACGUUCAACUACCAGCCCGGCGACAUCGCGUACGUGCCCACCGCUAUGGGCCACUACGUCGAGAACAUCGGCAACACGACGCUGAAGUACCUUGAGAUCUUCAAGACCGACAAGUUCGCGGACGUCAGCCUGAGCCAGUGGCUGGCGCUCACGCCGCCCGAGCUCGUGAAGGCCCACUUAGGCAUUAGCGACGAGACCGUCGGCCGCUUCAGCAAGACGAAGCCGGUCGUUGUCGCGGAUUAGAUUAGGAGAUGGGUGUUGGAUGUGAUAGGAGAACGUCGGAAUAGCGACAAGACAUUUUUUUCGACGACGCAUAUAUACGAGCUCUUACGAAUGGACAAUAUCUUGUUGCACGAUAUCGAGCGUAAUCCCUGGAGUCUGUUUGUGGCCUGGACGCAACGGGGAUCGCAGGUAGGCGAGCAGUGAUUAGUUAUAUUGAGCAUCUACCGAGCGCCGUAAUGGGCCGUUGCGACGCAAAAAGGCACGCAUAGUCCUCCAAACGGGCCCCAAUCGAGUCGCUCAGGUGCUGACAGUUUAAGCACA